AUGCGAGACUCUACAGACACCAUUCCAAUUAUAACCCCCACAAGGGUUUUGAGAACAGCCGGGGAGGUACAGUUCAGUAAUGACCUGUCACACUUUACUCUGAAGAGCCCAAAGUCUGGAUUAAAUGCGGAAAUUGUCCUGGACUAUACCCGUUGCGAAGGCGGAUUACCCACCUUUUCUAUUGUUUCUGCAUCAGCGCCUAAAGGCCAGCAACAAGUCACGUUUCAAGUCACUUACAGCGAGACUAUUGAGGGAAUCGAUAACGAAAAUGGCGAUGGCCCGUUCUUCCUUUUCUCUAAUGCUAUGGAUAGCUACCGUGUCUGUUGCCACGAAGCCGCCGUUACCAACGACACUCAGGUAAUAAGAUCUAGAUUCGCUCAAGCAUCGCAAAGAUAUCAGAGAAUCACUUUGGUGGAGCCAGAUACCACCAUUGUAUUUUCCAAAAUAGGCUUCCAGCCCAGCCGUCCUCAAGUGUCGAUGCGAGCUACAUUCCACUGUUCCGAUGAAACAAUCAAUCGAAUUUGGACAGAUGGAGUCCGUACGGUUGACAUGUGUACGGUGGCUCGUGAAGAGACGGUUCCAGCCUGGGACAUUACCGACCAGGGAACUCGUGUCUACGGUGGUCACUGGGCCCCAUGCAGGAAGGGAACAAGGUGGUCCGAUACCAAGACAACAUUCCAGACAAAAGUUGAGAAACAUGGAGCUAGUUGGGCCGUACGUAUGAUCACCAACGGGCUCAUUUUUUGCUUGGAUGUCAGAAGCAAAACUUUGUCACUCGUUGAGGGCCUAUCAAACCAAUCAUCUAUCAUCCCAUCUGUCGAAAAAGGAUCAUGGCCAUUGCCAGAAAGUCUGGAUCUAUCUCAAUGGCUCACAGUUGAGACUAUCAUGGUUGGGGACCAAGUAACCGUUACUAUUGACGGUCAGAAGGUAGUUGCUAUCACAGGCGUCCACAUGAAGGCUAUGCUGGGCGACAACCUUAUCAAUACAGGUUCUGUGGCAUUCGGUGGGCCACCUGGUUGGAUCACACUGUACCGCGACUUGUCCGUCAAAUUUCUCAACAAUGAGGUCUUGUACGAGAACCCUCUGUCGUUACAGGACGCCGCGCGAACAUACGCCGAUUUUCAAGUGGGAACAAACAAAUUGCCAUGUAUUAUCGACGGAGCGAAGCGCGACAGAGCGUCAUUUGGCGGCGAUGCCUUUGUUACUGGACGGUCGAUUGCAUACUCCACCGCUGACUACGAAGCAUGGAAAGGAACGAUUCAGCUUUUAAUCAGUCACCAGACCAAAGAUGGCUACCUAGGGAAUCUCUGCCCUAUACAAGCCCCAACGCAUGAUAGUGAAGACGAGCCCCCAUAUUAUGGUCACUAUUCCCUGACAUAUGCGUUGCUUCUUGUAGUAUCUAUCAAAGAUUACUGGCUACACUCGGGCGAUCGAAGCCUUGUAGAAAUGUCGUGGCAUCAACUUGGACGUCACAUGAAGUUCACAAGACAAUUUAUGAACAAAGAUGGGUUGAUUGAGGGCCCGCCAUACCUUUCAAGUAAGUUACAAGCGCCAUAUUGUUGUUUUUGGGUACUAAUUAUGAAAGUGACGUGGUUUCCUAGGGGAGGGCCUGUAUUUGGUGUAUCCACCGGCUUGAAUCUUGCCUAUUACGAUGCACUAAACGCUAUGGCAUGGAUGUCACCAGACAAUGACACCAAGUGCCAGUAUCACUCGCAGGCGUCUCUCUUGAAGGAAUCAUUAAUCCGGCUUCUUUGGAAUAACAAACAAGGCACAAUGCGUCCAGCUCUGUCAUUAGCUACCGAUGGUGUAUUCCAAGACGUGAAUAGUUAUGCGGCUACUCUGGGCAUCUUCCCAAAACAAUCCAAAGCUGCAGAGGGCAUACUUCCAUCUCACGCGACUUUACCGGAAGCUUUCCGAGGUAUUGAUGGGUGGGAUAAGUUCGCAUUGACUAGUCCCUACGCGUCGGGUUUUGCACUCGAGGGUCUUUUUGCUAAGGGCGAGGGUACAAAGGCCAUCGACCUGUUGCUUCAGGUAUGGGGUACAAUGGCUAACCAAGAGAGUCCCAACUACUCGGGAGCUCACUGGGAAGCUAUGAAAACAGACGGUACACCAUACAAUCACGACGUGUCUUUAGCUCACGGAUGGUCGACUUGGCCUGUUUUUCUCCUCCCUAGAUAUCUUGCUGGUGUUUAUCCUCUUGAGGCGGGCUGGAAACGGAUCGGGGUCGAGCCGGUUUUCACAGGCUUUGAGACAGUGGAAUAUUCGCUUGAAUCUCCACAUGGUUGUCUUUCAGUUAAGAUAUACACAAAAGAGCCGGAGACUGCGUUGAUGAGAAUGCUGAUACCUAAAGGUAUCACGGCUGUAGUGAAGGCCCCAAUGGGCUGGUCACUUGCUCAACAUGGUAUUUUGGAAGGGAGUGGGACGGAAAUAUCUUUGACAUUUUUAAGGGAGGAGAGACGAGUUAAUUAG